AUGCGAGAGCGGGACUUCAUGCCCAACAUGGAGAGGGGCAAACCUGCGACCUACACGGGGGACAAAAAGGCGAAGAUGGCUGCUAAGACCAACAAGAAGUGGGUGAGACUGGCCACGGUGUUCGCCUACGUGCUGUCCGUGUCUCUAGCAGCCAUCAUCCUGGCCAUUUACUACAGCCUGAUCUGGAAGCCCACCAGCGCAUCCUCCUCGGGGAAGGGGUUGCCUGAGGAGGUCACCGCCGCCGCCAACGUCUCCGCCAACGUCUCCGCCAGCAGCAACGUCUCCGAGUGGAACUCCACGCAGACCAGGCUGCUGACGUUCAACCCCACGGGACAGGACACGACCCCCCGCGGUCCGUACCGGUGGGACGACCGGGCCGCGAGCGCCGCCGUCUCCCCGCAAACGGACCGACUCCACGCAUCGUCCCGCGGCCACGCAGGCGCGUCCCCGCCUCGGCCGAGCCCGUACCCGUCCGGCACCGAGGGGUCCGACGCCGCGCCUCCCGAGGACGACGAGGACGGCGACCCGGAGCAGGCGCACGCGGACGCCGCCUCUGCGCCUCCGAGCGCCGCGGCGAGAGGAGACUGACGGGCCUCGUUCCCCGCAGCACCCUCACGCACAAACUGCCCCGCCACGAGCGUUUUUUACACUCUCAAAGCCGCAGGUCGGAUUAUUUUAUUGUUUCAAGUCAUUUCGGAGAGAUUUGGACGCUGAACUGAUGGGAAUGAACUACGCGGAGACCUCCAGUGAACACUGUUUAUCCCAGCCCUCAACAAUAACUAUGCUUUGGGUUUGUUGUGUUCUAGGACAUCUGUAUGCCUUAAAUCAGUGUGUGUCAUGACCCGGAGCUGCCAGCUGAAGGUAUUUACUGCGGGUUUGCAGGAUAUAGACGCGUGUCCCAUGCAAACAGCUUAACGUCACUGCCAUUCACCGGCCGCUUCAGAUCAACACUGCAUCAUAGCGUUCCGAUGACGGCUGUACCUUCCUUUUUAUGGGUCCAACAGUAGAAGCUGCGUUGUUGAGUCACGCUCAGGUUUGGUUCUGUACAUACAGUUUGGGCAGGCACACAUUCCUUUUAGCCUCUUUGAACCUUUAGUGUAAUUAGAUGAUUUUCAUCCAAAGUGCAGCAACAUAGCUAUAAGUAUAUCACAAGGUACAAAUAAACUAGAAUUUUCAUUUCUAUGGUUUUAUAAUAGAAGUAUGUAGAUCAUGAAAUAAUCACUGACAUUAUUCUGUAUGUUAAUGAUAUUUUAUUUAUUCAGAGCCAGAAUGGAUAAUAUAUAUAUUCAAAUAAAUGUUAGGUUCUUUCCCAACAA